AUGGUGGCCUCCAAGCCGGAGCCGCCCGACGUCGAGCGGCGGUUCGCCGACAUUCUUGCAGAUGCCGCCAAGCUCUACAGGGACAAGUCGAGCGAGGCUCUCGGCGACUUCAUGACGCCGCCCAUGGAGUCCGUCGAUGACCUCAAGAAGCAGUUGAGCAUCCAAAAUGACGGCUUCUCCGCCUUCCGCGCCAAGCGCCAAUCCGUCUUUGAUGCCGUCGCUACGGCCCUCAGGCCCGUCGAACUCGUUGGAGAGAUUGCGGCUGGGGCCGCUUCGACCGCCUAUCCUCCCGCACAGAGCAUCUAUGCUGCCGCCCUCUUCCUCGUAAACGCCGCCCACAAUGUGUCGGCCACAUAUGACUCCGUCAUCGAGUUGUUCGACCAACUAAAGGAAUUCACGUCGCGGCUCGACGUAUACGUGCGACACCGCAUCUCGGCUUCGCUGCGCGCCCAGAUCGUCGCCAUUCUAGCCUCCCUGUUCGAGAUUUUGGUCUUGGCCACCAAGGAGAUCCGUCGCGGGCGCUUCAGAGCGUAUCUCAAGCGACUCAUCGGCUCCGAGAGCCCCGUGCAGCCGGCGCUCGAUAAACUCAAGGCUUUAACCCUAGGCGAGGAGAGACAGGUCCUGGCAGAUACCUUUGGCAAUAUCUCGGAGCUCAGCACCAAGGCUGGUCUGAUCGAGCAUGCCGUUACUCAAGUCAACCAGGGCGUCCAGAGCCUGCGGGUGGAACACCGCGAGUUUUCCGGCCUCCCCAACAGAGACAAGCUUCGCGACAUUCUUGGCCCCUCGCCCUUUCCCGAGGAUAUAUACAAUGCCUUCAAGAAGUCGACUAUCCCGCAGACCGGCGACUGGAUCCUCGAGGAUGAGGGCUUGAAUGCCUGGCUGCGAGGUGAGGUUCCGUACCUGUGGAUAUUCGGCAAUGCAGGCACUGGAAAGUCGUACUUGACGGCCAGGAUCAUCUCGUGGGCGCUGGACAACGCGGCCAGCGUUCCCUUUGUCGGCUACUUCUUCUUCCGCGAAAACAACUCUGAAACCAGAUCCGUGUUGCAAGCGCUUCGCGAUGUUGCUCAUCAACUGAGCGAAAAGGACGCAGUCUACCGCAAGGAUCUCAUGGCGCGGCUCGAGAGCAGGGACGAAAUCAAGACGGUGGCAAGCGCCUUCAGGGAGCUGAUUUAUCUCGCCUCCCCUGCCGCUGGCGAUCAGGCCGGACGCACCAAGUACAUCUUUCUCGACGGGUUAGACGAGGCCAACGGCGACGAAGUCUCUGAACUCCUCGCCAGCCUCAUUCCGGACGAAACCGCGCCGCAACCGACGUGGGCGCCGCACUUUCAGUUUGCUCUUGUGGGCAGAUCGUACCUUUCCGACAAAAUCACCGGCCGGCUCGACCCCAAUUCGCCUGGUCAGAACUUGGCCAGCGUGCAGGUCACGUCGGAUCGCAACGCCAGCGACGUAAACGCCUUUAUCGCGAGCAGCGUGCUCCACUCAAGGGUGCUCAGUCGCACCAGCGUCGACUUCAAGAAAAAUGUCAUCAAGGCCCUGGAGAAGCAGGCGGACGGCCUGUUUUUAGUCGCCAGAUUCAUGGUCGCGGACGUCAAUCGCAAGCGCCACCAGAGCUCGAUCCUGGAGAGCCUCCGCACGUACCCCAAGGAGAUUGACGGCGUCUUGUCGCGGACGCUUGUCAAUCUCUCCAGGACGAUAUCGGAAGAGGACGCGCGCGAUCUCAAUGAGAUGCUCCGCUGGGUGUCUUGCGCCGAGGAGCCUCUGACCCUAGGCCAGCUCGAGGGGUUUCUGGCCCUGCGGUUCGGCGACGCGCCCCUGUUCCUCGAGGAGUCUCUGCGUCGGCAAUACUCGUGCUUCUUUGAUCUCGAGCGUGAGGACGGCCUGACCACUGACGAUCUGGUCAAGGACUUUGAGAGAGCUCAGCGCGAUUUGAGACGAGACUUGAGCCCGGCGAGGCGUCUCACCACUCAACACAUAAGGAGCCUCAGCGCUGGUGAGGCGUCUGCCCCCCCGCGUCGCAUAAGCCCUGCUGGACGUGGCAGCCCAAGCCGACACUCGAGCCCCAUUGCGGGACAGUGGAGCCCAACUCGACAGCUGAGUCCGACUCCAGGCUCGGACGUCUUUGACACUGCGAGCGACACCGAGUUUCGAUCAAACAGGUCGACCACGCGCGUCACAUUCUUCCACGCUACGGUCAGAGAUUUCUUCCGAAACCGUCGUCCCGCCAUGACUGGCGGAUCCGACGCUGACAGUUUGACGGUUGGGUUCGACAUUCAAGACGCCCGCGUCCACAUUCUGAAGACUUGCCUCAGAGUCUUUAUCGAGAAGGAGUGGUUCCUGCGCCUUGAUAUUGGGCCCGGAAAAGAAGCAAUGAAGCAGUAUGCGGCGUGGUAUUGGCAAGAACACGUCGCCGGCCUCGACCUCGCAGCCGUGUCCCGGCACGACAAGCGCGAGUUGGGCGUCAAGUUGUACCAGAUGCUCACAGACGAGAGCACCGUGUUCGACUGGAGCAUCAUGUACGCCAAGAACGACGAGGGCCUGGAAGUGCUCACCGACAGCAACAUCGGGGGCCUCAGAAGGUGGUUUCAAGACGCCGAUGUCCUCGACGGCCUCAGUCCCGAGGCCCGGGCGUUUGCCAAAGCCUCGUCAGCCCAAGCCUCGGGCGUCUGUGAGCGAAUCGGCAGAUUGUACGCCAAAGCCUGGCUAUCGAGCGACUUUGAACAGUACGCGCCGACUCUGUUUUGCUUCAAGAUUGUCCAAAACGUCGCCUUCGUGGACGCUGGAUAUGACUGGUCACACGCCAACCUUCACUGGCCGGACAUUACAGUCGAGGAGCGAAUGGAAAAGGCGACUCGCUGGGCGGAACAGCCGGAGACAGCGCAAUGGCACCGUCGCGUGGGGAGCACGUACCUGACGUUGAAGAUGCACAACCAAGCCCUUCGGCAUUACGACGCGGCCCUUAAGAUGGACCAGAACAGCGUCGAGACCUGCAGUCGCAUAGCCUACUGCCUGUACAAAGACGGGCGCUAUCACGAUGCGCUGGAACAGGCCCUCGAGUGCGCAGCCAUUGAGGAGCGCGACAUUCGCAAGGGCGGAUUGCAGGAAUCGGCGCUGAAGAACAUCAAGUGGCGGCUCUACAGAGACUACCUCCUCAUCGGGCAGAGCUCGUACCAGACUGGCGACGUGGAUCUCACGCACGAGUACUUCCGCAAGGCCAUUGGGAGCGCCGCCGACGCGGACCUCGGCCCAUCCGAGUCCCUGGAGCCAGAGACAGGCUACCUCGAAGUUCUGGCCGCCGAGAACCUCCACGAACAGGUCGUUGAACUUGCCAAGGACAUGUCCGUUCAAACCACCCGAAGUGAGCACGGACAGAGCCGGUUCGUCGACUUGCUGCUGGAACGGCACAACACGCUGCUGGUGCUGGACUGGAUUCCCAAGGCGGCGAGCAAGACGGGCCAGUUGGAGUUUUUGCUAGAGCGCCUCGAGCAGGCUAUUGGAAUUGCGGACGACACGAGCGAUUCGUUGAGGUUCCUGUACCUGAGGCUUGCGCUUGGGACCGCCUACGCAUACAACCGAGACAUCGACGACGCCAUCUUCGUCUUUGAGCAGAUUUCGCUCCUAGAGUCUCGCCCGCGCGGAACCAUUACCACGCGACAGGCGCACGCCGCGUCUUUUCAGAAGCUGGCGGCGCUGUAUAAGCAAAAGGCCAUGCACGCCGGGCUCAAGUCUGCCGACGCCGAAUCCUGGAUCAGCAAGCUCGAGGCGGUGCAGAAGAAGCAGGAUGAGCACCACAACUUGGACAUGCCGGCCGACAUGCUUGGGUCCGACGUCAACGUGGCAUCCAUCUACCUCUCGUGCUUUUAUCGUCUGCUGGGCAGGGAGGCGGAGGCGAGGGCGCUGCUGAAGGGCCUCAUCCACGACAGCCUGUCCAUUCUCUCGGAUAGCGAGCCACUGAAUGACGUGUUUGCGCUGGACAACCUGCUGCGCAUCUUCAUCGCCGCCAGCGACGUACCCAAUGCCCAAGCCCUGGCGCGGUCGAUGCGCAAGGUCAACCCCGAGGCCUCCCUCAGCACGCAAAGCGAGUCACCCGUGGAGCGGCGCGGGGCUCCCAAGCUGCCUGGCAUCCAGGAAUACGACCGGAGCUGCUUCCAGUGCUUCAACAACGUGUCUGCGUCCAAGGAAUUUGUCGUGUGCCGGUUCUGCAUGGAGUGCUACUGCACCGACUGCCUCAAAAGGGUGAUUCGGCGGCCGGGCAACAGCACCAAGGACCGCAACAGCAAGGUCGUCUGCCGAAGCGACCAUGAGUGGUUCAUCGUAGAGCCGCUGAAUCGGGUGUUGCACACGGGGGAGAUUCAACUCGAGGACGACUGCGUGCAAAGUUUUGCGGAAUGGAAGGACAUGGUGCGCAAGGCCUGGGCGCUGGACAUUGAAUUUAACGGACCUGCGCUGGUCAAGGCGAGCGGAGGGCGAGGACGCAAGAUCGAGCCGCCCGCCAGUCGGUGA